CAGCUACAAUAUUCAAAAUUAGGGAUGUCAAAGGAACCUGUGGCCCGCGGGAUAGGCCCGUUUAGACCUGUGGCGGGGCGGGCUUGGGCCCGUGAUUUCACGUCCCGCAAAGAAGCGGGCCUCGCGGGAGAGGCUUGUCGCGGAACCGGACCCAAAGCGGGCAAGCCCACAGUGACCCGCGGGUUUCUCCAUGUCCCGCAACCCUAAUCUUUAUUCUUGUCAUUUGCUCUUCACCUGAAAAAAAACGCGAGAGAGAUAGAGUGAAAGGCGAUGUGGUUGCGACUUCCACCGUGGAAAGAAACAGAGCUCCACCGAUGACGACGGCGGUUCGCUCUCCCGACACUGCUUCUGCUCACUACUUCGUCUUCGAACUGCAGUCUGCAGCAGAGGAGCUAAAACGACAAGGGUCCGACAAAGUAGAUUCUUAUUCUCCGAUGUGUCUUCCGUUCUUCCCUACGAGCUUCCAAACUCCACAGAUAGGACAUGCAUGUACAGAGUUAUGUAUUUCAGACAAAAAAUUGAAGUUCUUUUGGACUUAUAAUCUCUGCUUUAACUCUUGUUUUUUUUUUCAGGUUGUUAGAUAAGAAGACCAACAAGAUCCGAAAGGUAGUGAUCUAGCUUAGCGAUCUAUAGUUUGUGUUAUGUCUUAUCUAGAUUAGCGAUCCAUGUAAACAAAUUGAACAACAAGAUCUGUAAGCGUUCUGUUAGAUCCGUCUAUUAAAAAGACCAAUAAGCGUCUGUUGGUUUCAUCGUUUGUUUGUAUAUUUGUGUUCUGUCUUUGAUUCGUUGUAGCUUUGCUUUCAGGUAACAACAGUGUUGAUCGACAAUGCUUAUUGUCUGAGGUAACCUUGCUUUUAUUUAGUGAUAAAAAUUCUAUAUAAUAGAACAAAAAUAACUUGUGUUCAGUAUCUGAUAUGUUUGUUUGUCGCGUUGUAUUUGUUUUGUGUUCUGUGUUGAGGUGAUGGAGUGAUGGUGAGAAAGUAGGCGACUUGGUCAUCUUCUUCUCCUCUUAGACAGCUUCAGAACAUCAGAGAAGAGAUCAAGCGGAGUAGUAGAUUGCGUGCUUCAAUUUUUCAUGUUCAUCAACGACUUCACCAAGACGGUUGCUGGCGACAAAGGAGAUUGCGUGCCAAGAACAAUGAAGGAUUGCACGAGUACAUACACCACCUGGUCGAGUAGUUUCCAGCUUCAGCCGAUAUAGGAGCUUUAAGGACCUCAGGUUAGAAAGCUCUUAAACGUAUGAAACUUAGAUGGCUUUGCGUAGGUUAUCGGAUCACUGACUUGUUUAGGUUGCUUUCGUAUAUGAUAGAACAUUAACUUGUUUAGAUGGCUUUGCGUAGGUUAUCGGAUCACUUGCUGUUUAUGUUGCUUUGCUUGUUUACGUUGCUUUGCUUGAUUACUUGUGUUUGUGUACUUGUAUAAUAAAAUUUGGAAUUUUGAAAAUCAACAAUUAUAACAGAUUUUAAAAAAUAUAUUAAGAAAUUUUUUAAAAAAUAGACAAAAUUUAGGAAACCCUAAAAAGUUAAUUUCAUUCCACGGCGUGAAAAAAAAAACACAAAACUUGAGAGUUGAGAGCGAGAGAGACCAUGGGAUCAAGGAGCCAGCCCGAAGAUCAGUCGACGUUUGAUCCGAAUUACACCCCGCCAAAUACUGUGGACUUUGCAACUCAGGCAGUCUUAGCUACUCUUGCUGCAGCAGCUGAGGCUGGUGAUCAGAUCGCUUCUCAGGAAGCUGGUGUAACUCGUGCUGAUGGGAAGCAUCAAGGAAGCAGAAAAAGGCUUAUCAGUCUUGUUGAUGAUACUGAUGAUUCUGAUGUUGAAAUCAGUCAACCAACCCAAAAAACCAAGCCUCGCAGACAGACCAGUUUCAGAACAGCCACGGGGAAACCCAUGUUGCAAUCAACUAUCGAUGGUGGCGUUGGCUCGUCUGCACAGGCGUGUAGUAAGGGGAAGUCUGUUCCUAUGAAGUCUGUGAUUCGUGGAGGGAGAAGAAAGUCGCCUACUAAGUCCAAAAAGAAGAAGGUUUCGCCUACUCAGUCGCAAAAGAAGAAGGAGAAGGUCGCAGAGGACAUACCCGAGCUUGGUGAUGAACUGGAUGAAGAAGAGUUUGAUGAGGAUGAAAUCGGUGAAGAGGAAAGGGAAGAGAGGCAAAAAUCAGAUGUCUGGAAAGAUUUCAAGGUGGUCGAAAAACCGAAUGGAAAGUUGAAAGCUGCAUGCAAUCAUUGCAAACAUGAGUAUGCAUGGCAAUCUCAUUCGCAUGGAACCAGUGGGUUGCGAAGACAUCGGGAGAGAUGUAAAAUGUAUCCAAGGAAUCGAGGAAGGCAGCAACAACUCAAUAUCGAAGGGAAAGUGGUAUCUCGCAAGUAUGAUCAUACUGUGUUUAGGCAGAUGGUAGCUAAGACAAUAGUCCAGCAUGAUCUACCUUACUCGUACGUGGAGUAUGAAAGAGUGAGAGACACGUGGAAGUAUUUGAAUGCUGAUGUCCAAACCAUUUGUCGAAACACAGCGAGAGCAGAUGUGUAUAGACUCUAUGAAAGCGAGAGAGACACACUCAAGAGGGAAUUAGCGACUCUCCCUGGACGAGUCUCCUUCACGUCUGACUUGUGGACAUCCGUGAAACGGGAAGGAUACAUGUGUGUGACAGCACAUUACAUUGAUCGGAAUUGGAAGUUGAACAGCAAGAUCCUGACGUUUUGUGCUCUACCACCACCACAUACCGGUAUGAGUAUUGCGGUUCAACUCCUCACGUCACUGAAAGAGUGGGGAAUUGAUAAGAAGGUGUUCUCAGUCACAUUAGAUAAUGCUACAAGUAAUGACUCCAUGCAGGACAUUGUGAAGUCGCAGCUGAAUUUGAAUGAUGAUUUGUUGUGUGGAGGAGAGUUUUUUCAUGUAAGAUGUGCAGCUCACAUACUUAAUCUCAUAGUGCAAGAUGGGUUGAAGGUUAUUGGAGACUCUUUGCAGAAAGUAAGAGAGAGUGUUAAGUAUGUAUUAGGAUCGGAAAGCCGUGAACAAUUGUUCCAAAAAUGUGUGGAUGCUGCGGGUGUAGUAGAAAGUGGGUGGCUGAUACUGGACGUGUCAACGAGAUGGAACUCAACUUACUAUAUGCUUGAAAGAGCCCUCAAGUACCGUAAAGCAUUUGUUAAGUUGGAGACAUUUGAUAAGAAGGGUUAUAAAACAGCGCCCACAGAUGAGGAAUGGACUAGAGCCGCUAAUAUCUGCGAUUUUUUGGGUCCUUUUGCUGUGAUCACAAGCUUGAUGUCUGGUUCGAAUUACCCGACUGCAAACCUGUAUUUCUAUCAGGUUUGGUUGAUCCAUGAUUGGCUUCGGGGAAACGAGGAAAGCGCAGAUGAGAUUGUCAGAUACAUGGUGCGACCGAUGAAGGAGAAGUUUGACAAAUAUUGGGAUGAAGUUAGUGGUGUUUUUGCAAUGGCAGCAGUCUUUGAUCCACAGUUUAAGCUUUCAAUUGUUGAAUGUUGUUUAGGGAAGCUUGACAUAAGUACACGUGAUGCAAAGGUGAAGAACUUGCGUGACAAGCUCAGUAUUCUGUUUGAGACAUACGACAAAAACUCCAAGAAUAACUCACCUUCCACUGAGCCACGUGACACUGUUCCGCAAAAAGCUUGUGCGGCAGGAUCAAUGGGACUGUUUGGGAACUACAAUGAUUUCUUUGCAUUUCGCAAAGUCAGUGGAAUUGUUAGUGGAAAGACACCUCUAGAAGCUUAUCUUGAAGAACCACCUUUGGACAUUACUAAUUUCCAGAGCUUGGACAUCCUCGAUUGGUGGAAAGAUAAUGCGCAUCGGUAUGGUGACUUGGCUGCAAUGGCAUGUGAUCUGCUAAGUAUUCCAAUCACAACAGUGGCUUCGGAGUCCUCCUUCAGUAUUGGAUCGCGAGUUCUAAACAAAUAUAGGAGUCGUCUACUCCCAGAAAAUGUGCAAGCUCUGAUAUGCACUAGGAAUUGGAUCAAAGGAUAUGAAUCUUACGCACAUGAUGAAGAAAUCGAUGGUGAUGGAGAAGAAGAGAAAUUACCAACAUUUGAGUCCAUUGUUGAUGGGGAAGAUGAAGAUGAGUAGAUGAGCAAGUUUGAAAUGUUAUCUUGAUUUGGUGUUUUGCUUCAAUUACAAUUUCUGUUUUUUUGUUUAAGUUGCAUGAUUUUUGGUUUUGAAUACUAUGAUUUGGACCAUUUGGUGUUUCUCUAAAUUUUACUUUAGUUGAGACUUAAUUUUUUAUACUCACGAUCAAACAACAAACUAUAGUUCUUCAAAACUAUAUUUAAGUAACAAAUACUCUGUAUUCCAAUCAACUAAGUUUAAGCUGUAUCAUUUCGUAAUAUAUAAAACUAUAUAUACAAUUAGCUAAGUUUGAAGCAUAUCCAUCUGGGAAUUUAACCGCAUGUUUCAAACAUUCCAAUCAACUUCUCCUUUCGUCUUCGUUUAGUGUGUAGGGAGGAAAUGGAGCUUGACCAGAACCAUCAGGAUGUAAGUGUGGCCGAUCACAGAAUAUUUCCAUAUCCAAUCUAGAAUUGAUUGUGUCUUUCGAUUUACCCUUAACAUUCAUAAGAGUAUUCAUGAUGUUGUCAAAAAAAUUCUUCUCUAUAUGCAUCACAUCAAGAUUAUGUCGGAGAAUUAGGUCCCUCCAGUAUGGCAACUCCCAAAAUAUGCUUUCCUUGUGCCAGUUAUGGUACUUCCCAUAACCAGACUUCUUCUUUUCAUGACCGUUUCCACCGCAAACAGACGUUUUUGGAGGAUUGACACCCUUUAAUCGUUCUGAAUAAACUUGUUCACCAGUCAAAGAAUCAGGUGGAUCUUCAUUUACCGCGUUUUUCCCCUUCAAGAAAUCCUUUCUAUUCUUUCUCAGUGGAUGAUUAGGAGGAAGAAAUCUUCGGUGACAAUCAAACCAACACGUCUUCCUUCCAUUAGUCAGAUAAAAAGCCUUUGUAUCUUCCAUGCAAAUUGGACAAGACAAUUUACCAUGGGUCGUCCAUCCUGUAGCAUGCCAUACGCCGGAAAGUCGCUUAUCGUCCACAGUAACACGGCUUUUAGAUUAAAAUUUUGAUUCAAAGACACAUCAUAUGCUUCGACUCCAGUUGACCACAAUUCUUUUAACUCCGCAAUUAAAGGUUUGAGGAAGAUAUCAAGACUAGCUCGUGGAUGAUUUGGCCCAGAAUUCAGAAUUGUAAGAAACAAAUACUCUGUAUUCAUGCACAUAUCAGGGGGUAGAUUAUAUGGAGUUAAGAUCAAGGCCACAACGAAUGAUUACGAGACAUCCCAAAUGGAUUGAAUCCAUCUGUACAUAAUCCAAGAUAAACGUUGCGAGGUUCUUCGGCAAACCGGGGAUGCAUCUCUUGAAAAUGUUUCCAUUCUGCCGCAUCAGAUGGAUGACACAUUUCUCCCUCUUUUGAUUGGUGCUCAGCAUGCCAUCUCAUUGCCGCUGCUGUCUUCUUGCUCUGAUACAUUCUCUUCGGCCUAUCAGCUAUAGGUAGAUACCACAUACGACUAUAUGGUACCUUGGUUCUACGUCUUUUGUCCUUAGGCUUCCAUCUGUCCGCACCACAAAAUUGACACUUUUCCCAUCUUUCAUCUUCUUUCCAGAAGAUCAUACAAUUGUUAACACAAACAUCAAUUGUAUAAUAUGGGAGCCCUAAAUUCCGCAUCAACUUUUCGGUCUCGUAGUGUGAUUCGGUUGCCGUGUUUCCUUCUGGUAAAUAGUCUGUCAACAUUUGACAUACCGAAUCUACACACUUUUCACUCAGAUUAUAAUCUGCCUUGUUUUGCAAGACCCGAGCAGCUAAGGAUAACUGCGACUGCCCUUCACGACAACCAUCAUACAAACGAUUUUGUGCUCCAUCUAACAAAUCGUAGAACUUCUUCGAAUGGUUGCGUUGUGGGUCUACUACAUUUUGAUAACUAUCAUCUUGUUGAUAGUUAUCAAAACUCACAUUAUCCCGAAAUGCAUCAUUCACCAUAUCAACAUAAUUAUUAUCUUCAUUACUUACUUUUUCACUACCACUUAAA